UUUGACAUUUGAUGUUUGUCGCAUGCGUAAAAUUUUACUGCAACAACAAUCGUUUACUCAAUUUGUAGCGUUUAACAACACACAACAAUGAAGCUGAUUACUCACAAUUUCCUAAGUUCCAAGUGCAUGAAAGGUGUCAACGUGGGAUUUCCAUUAAAAAUUAAUGCAGCGGAUGUGCGAGUGACGGAGGUAGACUUCAAUUCUGAAUUCGUGUCCAGAAUGCUGCAAAAAAUCGACUAUCCUGUGCUGUACAAUGCCAUAGAAAGCAUUGGACAAAGUCAUGAUCUACCAAAAGAGCUGGUGGAAAAUUAUGAAAGUGAUCAAGACUUUUUGAAGAAGGUGCAUCAUGUUUUGCUGCAAGUUGACGUUAUUAAUGGUGAACUUAUUUGUCCUGAGACAGGAAGGAAAUUUCCCAUAAACAAUGGUAUUCCUAACAUGCUUUUAAAUGAGGAUGAAAUUUAAAUGUGUAUUUAACAUUCAUUAUAAAUUUUAAGUUUCAACGUAGUUUUAUACAUUUUUUAAGUUUUGUAUUUUUAUUUUAUACAGUUUGUACAUAAUUAAGUUAAUAAAAUAUGGUUAAUAUUAAAUUGUUUGAAUUGUUAAGGAAUAUGUGAUAAAAAAGGUGUGGGGGCAUAAAAACACAUUUUUAAUUCGUUUUAUUGUUUACUACUUUUUUAUUCAUGCACAGUACAUCAUAAUUUUGAUACAUACAAAAAUAAUGUUGUAAAAAUAGUUAACAGCGAGCAGUACAUUACAAUUCUGCAGUAAACUAAAUUGCUGUCCAAUAAACUAGUUUCUCAUCUAAAUUUUCUUUUAUUAAUAUGGUAUAUUUUAAACAUCUAGUUUAACAUGGCAAAAACAUGUAAUCAUGAUUGUAAACUAUUAAGUAUUUUUAGGGCGGCAUAUUUUACGACCCACAGCCUAUAUUUAACCCACUUCACUAUAGCAAUUAUCAUUUAACCUUAAUUAAAUGUAAUCACCAAG